UCAUUUUUCCCGGGCCAAAGAACAACUGCCGUUUUUCAUUUGGUUUUAGCGGAUGCAUGAUUUGUAUUUGUAAAAAUUGUAAUGCGAAGAUCUACACCACCAUCAGAAUCAAAAUGCUCAUGCACGUUAAUACUUUUUUGCACUGCAUAGCUGGUUUCUGGACCGUGCGACAUUUGGAAUGCAGCGCUGACGAAAUCGGAGCGCGCCUUCAUGCCUAUCAAUGGAAAAUAUCUCUGAGGGUCUGGAAGACCGCACGGUUUGUCAUGCUCCGCUAGCGUGACAAUUAAGUCUGUCAUGCACUUCAACCAAGCUCGCCUUUGCUUUGUCAUGCAGAGAUGCCGUUUGUCAUGUUGGAGGAGUAACUCAGAUGAAACAUGUCAUGCGUGGCCGCCAAGAACUCAAGAGUGUUUAUGAUAGUCGAACCAGCAUGACAAGUUCCCAGACCCCGAGAUCAUAUUUGCGUAUGCAUACGGCCGGGAUUGAUGCGAAAUGCGGAGAAGAAGAACAUCCUCUCGUGCUCGUGCUGUUGCCUGGGCGGUGGCGGAUCCUUCGGCCGCUGGGCCCUGCGGAAGAUGGGUGCCAUGCAGAUGCGCGCGGUGCCGGCGGAGGAAGGAAAACGAAAGACCUGGGACUACGCUAUGUAAAAACUUAUCCUCACCCCAGAGUCACGCUGGCGAUGCUGCUUCUACGCAAAUCAACAAGUUUUGGCUGCUCGACGCAUGACAAAUUUGGGCUCGUAGAAGAGUAGUCCUGGUUUAGGUAGCGAAACUCCAUCACAGAUCGACUCUCUUAUGCAGCUUUGCAUGACAACUCUGGGGAUGUGGGGACUUUUUCGCACAGGAUACGGACGACGGCCUGGAGGCGCUGUUUACCAGUUACUGUCGGGGUCACGAAGGCGGUGACGAACGGGCGUUAUGCUGUGCAAAAACGUCCCCACCCCCGAGUUGUCAUGCAAGUCUGCAUGCUGGAAAUGUUUUUCAUGCGGAGCCUCAUGGGAAGCAUUUUCUAGACGUGUUUUGGAAUUUGUAAUGCUCCAAUCAGCAUGAUAUACAAGAUCUGUGAUGGUGCUGAUAUAGCCCAAACAGCACUACAAUACGAGUCGACAUUUGUCAUGCAAAACAGCCAAAGCUUCAGCUUGUGGAUUUGUCUAGCCGAGUGCCCAUCUUGACUAUGGGUGGGGACGUUUUUAUUCAGGAUAGGUGUGGGACGUGGUUUAUCAAGACCCCUUUCUGGUCACGCUAAUGCUGGACGCGCACAUCCCCGGUACCCAUUCGCCGCAAACCUGGACGAUAGACAUGCGUAUCGAAAAGAAAAAUCCCCCCUCCCCAUAUCAAAACGAAAGUGCGAGUAGAAGGGUUUUGGCUUAAGCACUGCCAAGUGCGAGUAGAAGGGUUUUGGCUUAAGCACUUAGCAUGAAAAACGUCCGCGCUGUAGGCCCAACAGCAUGACAAACCGUCUGCGCAAUGCGGCGGAGCCUCCGCGGUUGCCUUCCUGCAAGACAGACACGAUUUGUGACCGCAAACCAGCAUCACAAAUUUCCAAAGAUAUACGUUUUCGGUAUGGGGAGGGGAGAUUUUUCCUUUCAAUAAUGCGCAGGGGAAACUCCAAGCGGUGGAGCUACGAUCCCGCGGAAAUUACCGCGCCCUGUUUCCUAUCCUUUGCAAAAGAAAAGUAAAAUGCCGUACUGCUCUUGCAAGGAGGCAUGACAAAUCCGAUUUCUAAAGCAGGAUUAGCAUGACAAAUAUUUCCUUCGUUAUGGCUGAGGCUGAGCGAAGUUUUGAUGCAAUUCAGACUUGUGUGCGAUCAUUCAGAAUCAGAUUCACUUCUUUAUCUUUUGCAAUGCACAGUGCAUCUACAUGGGAGAAAAGGAGGAGACGCCGAUCCAGCGCGUUCUCGCGAUAGUCUGUGACCGGGCCGCCACUCUGGGAGCAGGGGGCGGAUGCGGUGGUGGCAGCGCAGGUCGUAUGCAAGAAAAAAACUGUGUAAGUGUAACUUUGUCUUGCAGAUGUUGCAAUACAGUUACACUUGUCAUGCCGGAUAUGCAUCAGAGGCUAUUUUAAUACGUGUUUUCGCGUAGUAGCUACGCAUGACAGGUUUUUUGUCAUGUAAAACAAAUCUGUGAUGCUGUUCCUACAAAAAAGUUACACUUACACAGUUUGUUUCUUGGAUAGGUCGUUGCGGGAGAGGCGUGAAAGGGAGAUGAGAUAAACUUUCUGAAAACCUAAAACUAACAAUUUUCUAGUUCUAUGUUUUAUACCGAAAACUGAAAAACUUCGCAACAUUUUUCUGUUUCAUGGAGUCCUGCUAUCAACGAACUGCGAGAAGCGAACUACAUACUUACUCUGUCAGUUAGGCUUUUGCUACUUUUUUUUUCGAGGCAACGGCAAGCUCGAGAGUAGAAUUUUAUAGGACUGAGCCAAAGGUGCUUCACCUUCAGCCGAGGAGUGUUUUUCUUCAACUACCGCUAAAAACAUCGUGAGAAGUAGGAAAUAAAACCUUCUAACGAAGACCAAGAACCCAUUGAAAACAACAACAACAGUCACUCUUGGCGUCUGUUCUUGGGAGGUGGUUUGAUGACGGAAUGGUAUAAAGUUAAU